UCUUCGAUGAGUUCUUCGAUUUUCGAUUGGCGGUUGAGUUUUGGACUAAAGGUCACCUAGCAACCGUUUGGAUUAAUACCCAAGCAAAGCCGUUAGCUGUCUAGAAAAAUGUUGAAGUCGCUAGCUCCGAUCGAAGGAAACCGACAGCCCCAGCUGCAGUUGCUCUGGGAGGACAAGGAGGUCAAAUUUGAUGUACCCCAACUACACAAAAAUCUGCGGAGCGGCGAACGGGCACUCGAUUACAUUUACCACAUCGAAGACAGCAAAGGAAAUCCGGGGGACACGGGUCGUCUGAUAGUAACCAAUUUGCGGAUUAUAUGGCACUCGCUGGUCCACAAGAAAUACAAUCUAUCCAUUGGAUAUGCUCGGAUUGGCAACACCAACACUCGGAUAGUUCAUAUGCACUCCAAAGCAAGGAUAGCCAGUCAGGCGCUCUAUAUCCUGGCAAUAAGCAAUGAGACCCGCUUUGAAUUCCUUUUCACCGACGUAUCCGGGGAAACGUCGCGUCGCGAUCAGCCGAUCUUCGCCAGCGUGUUUGAUGUCUAUCACCUAUAUCAACGUACUUAUCUCUACCGCGACCUGAAACUGCGCGGCGCCAUCGUUCAAGCGGGUCAGUUGGUUAUUCUACCAGAUGAACAGGUUUUUAGCCAUGUGCAGGGUGUGUGGAAUUUGUCCAGCGAUCAGGGAAACCUGGGCAGCUUCGUGGUAACCAAUAUUCGACUGGUGUGGUUUGCAGAUGCCAACGAGACCUUCAACAUCAGUUUGCCAUAUUUACAAAUUGAAAGUCUUCGCGUUCGGGAGUCCAAGUACGGACCUGCGCUGGUAAUCCAAACAGCGGAAACGGGAGGAGGAUAUGUGCUCGGAUUCCGCGUCGAUCCUGCCGAGCGUCUAAACGAGUUGUUCAUGGAGCUCUGCUCGCUGCACGCAACUUAUGGCGAGCAGGCCAACUUUGGCAUCAAUUACAAUGCCCAAGACGCCCGGCGGCGGUUGGAAGCGGCCGCCGAGGAAGCUGCACAAGCCCCCCAGUUCGAGGUGGAUAACUUUGAGGAGCUGGACGAGCGGCAGGAGCGGGAGAUCAACACCAAGCUCAACAGCUACCUCGCCGAGGGCUGUUUGGGAAAGGUCCCCAGUCAGGGUGAAAGAGAUCCGCUUUACUGCAAGGAACUGGGCUUUGCCAUGGAGCCAAUUAGGGAUGGCUACAAAUUACAAGACCUAUGGAACGUUAUGCCCACCAAAAUGGAAACGAUGGAAUAAAUAAAGUUCAUUCGUUGUCAUUGCAAUAAAAUAAGAAAUUAUGAAUCAAGCGAGUAUAACUAGGCUUGCGAUUCCAUUGCGAUAGUAUUUCAGUAAGAGCAAAUCGAGAGUAGGCAUAUAAAUUUUGAUGAACCAGGAGGAGGACAGGUGUAUCUGUUAGCCGAUGUAACACGUUCAG